GCUUUCGUCUUUGAAACAUUUGAAAUUGGCAGUGACGUCAGAAGAUCGGAUUGUUUUUGUAGAUCACUAGCAGACGGCAGCAGGUGUCCAAUGAUAUUUUUAAUAUGUAAUCAGUUGCAAUAUAGGCAAUUGCAAGAAUUUUUUUUUCCCAAAAUCAUUAUUAUUAUUCUCUCCCUAUAACAUUGAGAAUUGAAUGAUAAAAAGCUGUGCUGUGGAUUCUAUUGGUUCCAUUGGAUACUCACACAUCGCACCUCCUGGACAUGUUUAUUAUGUUGAUGGUGGCUGAUCGAGCCAAAAUAAAAUAAACUUGAUUCAGAAAAAAUUGAAGAUAAUAAACUCAUCUGUGGAAAAUUACUCAUAAAAGUAAUGAAGUGUCAGUAAGAAAAGCUGUUAAUGAAUGAUUAACAUCUUAUAUGACAGUUGCAAAUUGAUAAUUAUCUCUAAAGAAUUGACGUGACAUGGCCCAGUGCAAGUUAACCCCACGAGAAUUUAUUUGCAAUGCUUUUUCCCCUCAAAUUGGUGGUGUAUGUUCAGCCACUGCUGAAAUAAUUUGUCAGAAAAACAAUUUAUCGUUUAUUGAGCUACUCCAGCCUUUUUGUAACCUCAAUACCGAAGGUUACAUCAAGGACCCUCAAGGGACAAUAGUUCCAGUCCGCAAUCUCCACCUUUCAAUUCAGGACAUCUACUCUCAACCCCCUGAUCCAAUUGUGGCCCGCAAGCUGUUAAAUGAUUCAGUUACCACCGAACAAUGUGAACGAUCCACAACAGUAAAAUUCUCCAACAUAAACCUCGACAUCCCUGUCUCUGUCCCUUGGUAUGAGUCUUGGAGGGACAUGUUUCUAGCAGUUCAAUUUCCCUCCGAUCACGAAUUUACGAAACACUACUUGGCCUGCCUGCUGGUUAUCUCAACCUCCGAUGAAAACCCCUUGGAGAAACUCCAGCAGAUGGCCUCUCAGUUACACCAAAGUCCUCCAGGCAAACUCCCAAAAUGGUUCAAUAACAACGCUCUAAGAUACUACAUCCUUCUUCAUGAUGCAUCAAAUGAUGACGAGAAGGAAAAAGCCGAGGCUAUCUUUGCAGAGAUGAAAAACUUCUACGACUCGAACAACUGUUUCCUCCUACAGAUAAACUCUCGGCCUCCGAGUCAAUCAGAUGAAAACCUCUACCUGCCAGACCCCUGGAGUCAAUUCUUAGUAAAACAGCCUGACUAUUCUCUAGACCACAGCAGUAGCAGUCCCCGCACUCCAGCCGAUACAACAGGAGUUUCGUCGAUGCCAAAUCAAGUGACCUCCGGUCAUGAGAAAACGAGUCAAGCAGGGACCCCAGUGGCUCCACAGAAUCCGAUCCUCCUAUCUCCAGACGUCACCGACAAGAUCAGUUUUACCUCAGAGAUAUCAGACAUUCAGACUCUGCAAGUGGAACUUGGUCAGGAAGCACUCCCAGUGACACUCCAUCCACUAAGUCCAGAGACGGAAAAAUCAAAGCUCCCGGAUAGCCUUGAGGGCCUAAAAUCAUCUGGCUCCCCCAUGAACAUCAAUGUCUGGGCAGAUUCACCGAUUCGUCCUUCAGCACUUCAUGGGGCUCGUCUCUCUACUCAGGAUCUAGACAGAAUUCGCAGUCUAAUUUCGGAGUUUUGUCUGAAGAGUCUCUUACCAUACGUUGAAAAACAGAUAAAUUUGCUAAAUGAUGUAAUAUCCAAUAAGAAGGGGGUCAGCAGAUCUCUUUUUAGUGCUACAAAGCGAUGGUUUGGUACCAAUAAACCUGGUGCUGCUGGCUCGACUCCCACCAAUGCUGUUAUCUACACAACAGAAUCUCCAGAGCUUCAGUUACGUCGUUUGGGCGAUCUCUGCUUUAUGUUUGGCCAUUAUACUUUGGCAUAUCAAGCCUAUCACUCGGCUAAACGGGACUUUGCUGCUGAUCAAGCGUGGCUCUAUUACGCUGGCGCAUUGGAAAUGGCGGCGUUGAGUGCUUUCAUGCAGGGAGAGAUGACCAGGAAGACAAUUGAAUAUAUGGACGAUGCCAUUUUAACAUAUUCUAAUAGUUGUAAAAUGCCACAGUUUGCUACCAGAGCUACUUUGUUCUCCUCAGAGUGUCUCAAAGGGAAAAAUCUACAUGGGGAGGCUGCCAAGCAACUCAUAAGAAUGACUAGCGAGGACUCAGAUUUGAGAUCUGCCCUGCUGCUUGAACAAGCUGCUUACUGUUUCGUUUCAUUGAAGAUGGUACACAAAUACGCAUUUCAUGCGGUGCUAGCUGGGCACCGGUACUCCAAGGCUGGACAGAGAAAACAUUCUUUAAGAUGCUAUCAACAAUCUUACCAGGUAUAUAAUUGCCGUGGUUGGUCAUUAGCUGAGGACCACAUUCACUUUACCAUUGGUAGACAAGCAGCAUCUCUCCAGCAAAUGGAAGAGGCAGCAAGAGCCUUUGGCAGGCUUCUCAAUUCCUCCAGUAAGCAGCCCGCUCCUCAACAAGCCGCCUUUCUCCGAGAGUUCCUCCAUAUUCAUAAUCUACUCAUUCAAGAAUCAUCUCACUAUACUAGGCUACCACUUCUCCCUAUUCCCCUGAUCAAUGGGAACGAGAUUAAAGUAUUGUUUGGUCCCUUCCUUGAGUUAAUUCCUGGUUUAACAGCAGCCAGUGGAGUCUCCUUCGAUCAUUGCGACGAGGAUGACAAUCCCAAAUGGGCGAAGCUUGAGGAGCAUCUGGUCUCCGAGGGACUUGGCACUGUCCCUAUGAUUUUCAAAUCCACUAUUGCUCUUUAUACCCAUAAAACUAAUAAUACCAGCCGUCCAAAUGCUGUCAUUAAUGAGCCCAUUCACCUCUCGAUUGAACUCCAUAAUCCUCUUCACAUCAGUAUUCCUUUGUCUAAAGUCCAGCUCAUCUGGAGCUUUGAAAAGGAAAGAGAGCUCUUUAGCGACAAAAGAAUAACCAGGAAUUCCCCAUUAGAAUCGAAUUUAGUUGAAAGCUCAACGAUAGAUCACAUCUUGCUGCAACCCAUGAGCAAGCAGAGAAUCAGCUUAAGUUGUACCCCCACUAAGACAGGAAAUCUCAAGAUUCUUGGGCUUCGUUACGAUCUCUCCAACCCUAGCAAUGGGCUUGACCAACCUGUUGUCAAUCCCUCAGUUGUCGUCCAUGGUAAACGUCUCUUUGAGAUCAAGGGACCCAAAUUGAAAAAUGUUAAGGAGAAACCUGGAGCUGUGAUGUAUGGGAUCGAUCAGAGGCUCGACAUCAAUAUAAUAGAGAAAUCCCCUUUCCUUGGAAUUUACUUCAGUAAAAUAUCCCCAGAGAUGUUGUGCGGAGAGAUGCAGAGGAUUGACGUUACCUUUAAAAACAUUGGAAAUGCUGGACUGACAAAUAUUUUCGUUGGCUCGACAAACCCUGAGUUAGUUUACUUUGAAAAUCCUAUAAACGGGGGCGAUAUAAAAAUCAGUGAUGUUAACGAGAAACCAAUUACGAAGAUCAUGUUGCCCUCAUCCAGUAGAGGAGUGAUCGCAAUCAAUCAAGAGUAUACUGUUCCUCUGUGGAUAAUGGCACCUCACAAAAAAGGCAAUCAUCGAUUGGAUCUUCUUUUCUAUUAUGAAAAUGAGAAUAUCAAGGCGGUUCCUAGGUAUAGACUAUGCAGACAUACUUGGCAAUUAACCGUUCUGGAUUCCAUACAUAUCAAAGCCAUCGCAAGACAGAGUGGCAUUACCAAUGAUGAAUCCCUAACAUCAAAUCUUGUAAUUCAAGUGAAAAAUUCUAAUCAGGUGCACGACCCAUUCAUGCAGGACAUUGAGCUCACUAAAAUAUCUCUAAGGAGUGAUGCCUGGUGGCUCUCAGAGUCUCUUGUGAAAACAUUUCCACAUCAAAUUAAACCCCAGGAGACUUGUCAUUUGGUGCUUAAACUGUAUCGCCGGGAUCAUGACAGUUAUUUUUCGAGUGUCCCGUUGGAGAACAACGGGGAUUCUGAGAUGGAGGCGCUUUACGUGGGGUUUAUGAGGCGACAGCAGCUGAAGACGAACUUUAGUGACACGAAUCAGAAUCAUAUGAAGAGAGUUGAGGGGAAUUUGGAACUGUUGGACGGGGGGAGAGCUGGUGCCACCAUGAUUAUCAGAUGGAGAGCGACCAUCAUGGAGGGAAAAACCAUGUCGAGGAUGGCAAUUGGACACCAUCAUGUGGACAUGAGGUACCUCAAUCAAUUAUACAAACAUCCUGAGGAGGUAAUGCAGCCCGAACAGAAAGAGUAUUCGUCGAGGCUUAAGAUCUUUGGACCUGACAGAAAUAUUCUUGAUUUUAAUAACGAAUCACAGGCAGAGGAAGAUCAGGAGAUCAAUCUCGCAAAUGCUGUAUUUUUUUCGUUGACUCAUAAGAAAAAUUUGGUUCAUAAUUUUGGGAAGAAGAGGGUGUUCAUCGUGCCUGUCCUCCUGCAUGUGCAGAAUAAUUCUAGGUCAAGGCUCGAUGUGAGGAUUAAUACUCUGGGAACUAAGAGUCAAGCACACCUGCCGAGUGUUAAAUCUCAACUGUAUUCACCACAGGCCUCAACUUUCUUUCGCUAUGCCUGUCACACUGCAAUAAAAUUGCACAUUGAAGCAUACGGCCGUCAAACAAUAAAACUUCAAGCCGUCAUUUCUUCGCCUGGCACAUACGAUCUCGCGUCUAGGCUCACCCUCUUCGCUAAAAAUGGCCAUUUCGAGGAAUUUGUAGCACAAAAAUGGAGAACAGAGAGUGUAUGUAUUGUGAAUAAUGAUUGCUUGUAAGAGGCAUAUUGGAAUUAUUCAAAAACCCAGAAUCAUUCCCUUAGAUAAAUAAUAACGGAGUGUAUAUAUUUCCAUUAGUCAAAAUAUUAAACGAGUCUUCGAGAAUAUGAAGGAGAGAUUAUAGUCUUGGAUCAGAAAUAUUUUUUUGCCUCAAUUCAAAAUAUCUUUUCUCAAUACAAUUAUAAAAUAUUGUUGAUGCGCGAGCAUUUGAAGUCUUGAUGUUCAUCAUUGAUGGGAUUUGAAUUAAGCAUUCGUUAUUGAAAAAAAAAAAAUGCCACUAUAAAUCUUUGGAAUAAAAAUUUGAGCCGAGAAAAUUCUACAGACACCGUUUACUGAAAAAUACCUUGCAUAAAAAAAAUCACCCUCUAUUCAUUUCUUUUCUACGUCUACUUUCUUUUAUUUAAUACUCGUACAUGCACCUUAUAAAGUCAUUUGUUUUUUUUAUAUCUCUGGUCAAAGUAUGAAAUGUCCAACGAAUGAUCCGAAAACAUAUUAUCAAUAUAUUGAUUAUCUUCUAUGAAUAGCAUAUGUUAACAUGUAAUUUCGUCAAAUUUGUGUAACUUGAUUUCGUCUUUUACUUAAUGGAGUCAGUUUGAUUCAUACCUAGUUAUUAUUUGUAUAAAAUAUGUGACAUAAAUUCAGUGUAAAUAAAAUUAAAUAUAACCAAGCAGUAGGACAAUAUUACAAUAGAAUCAUGCGUACAUAUUUAUAAAUAUUUCAUUAUUACUGAUAUUAUUAUCAAAUAAAAACAUUUUAAUAAACAAUGAACCGUA